UCCCAGCAUGCCAUGGGGCACGGUCAGGAGCUGCUCUCCCAGCAUGCAAUAGGGCACAGCGAAGAGGCGCUCUCCCAGCAUGCCAUGGGGCACGGCCAGGAGCUGUUCUCCCAGCAUGCAAUGGGGCACGGCCAGGAGCUGCUCUCCCAGCAUGCCAUGGGGCACAGCGAAGAGGCACUCUCCCAGCAUGCCAUGGGGCACGGCCAGGAGCCACUCUCCCAGCAUGCAGAGGGAGCGCGCCGGGUGCUGUUCGCCGAUGCCCUGGGCUUGCCCUUGACCCGCCUGCGGCGCUACCAGCCCUGGCCGCUCCCCUCUCCCGAGUCGCCCCCCGAGAUACUGCCCCCCACCGGCCAGCUGCCCCCCAUGCCCUACCUCCUGCCUGCCUUCGUGCUGCCCCCAGCAGGACAGGGCGAGCCGGAGCGGCUGGCGAGGCUGCGCCGGGCCAUGGUGGAGCUGGAGGAGGUGCUGGCGCCGGGGCCAGGCGAGCCGUGGCUGUUACGGGGCACCGUGCGGGUGCUGAACGUGGCCUACCGCAAAGCCGUCCACGUGCGGGCCACCCAGGACUGCUGGCGCACCUACUGCGACCACCCCGCCCGCUACAUGCCGGGGGGCUCGCCCGACGGGGGGCUGAGCGACCGCUUCGCCUUCUGCCUGCCUUUCGGCCCGGGCCAGCGGGAGGAGGAGGAGGAGGAGGCCGACGCCCGCCUGGAUUUCGUGAUCCGGUACCAGACCGACGAGGGCGUCUACUGGGCCAAUAACCAGGGCAGGAACUACAGCGUGGUGAUGAAGGGCCUGGCACCCCCCCGGGCGCCCCCCAGGACCGCCCGCCAGGACGGCGCCGCCCGGCAACUGAAGAGUUGCAUGAGGCUGGAGAGGAUGAGGCUGUGCGAGGAGGAGCCAAGCCAUGAAGACACACCUAACCCUGCCCGCAAGGAAGAAGGGAGCCCUGAAAGGGAGACACGAAGAGACUCGCCCUCAGCUCCCACGGGACAGGUAAGAACUGCCGGAAACAGGGUG